AUGGCACGCCAAUUGGUUGUCCUUGCUCUCAUCUUUGUCGCCCUUGUUGGGUUGGUUUCUGCCGAGGCACCUACCACUUCCCCCGCAGCAUCGCCUAAAACUUCUCCUACACCACCAUCAUCAUCAUCACCCGCUUCUACCCCAACUGCUAGCGACGCAGCAGCUACCCCAACAGCAUCAAGCAGCACUCCAGAGGCAUCCACCACUGCCCCAACUUCAUCAGAGACCGCCCCCACUACCUCUCCUAGUGCCACUUCUCCUUCUACCUCGGACUCGGCUACCCCAGCCUCCUCCCCCGACGGGGAACCCUCAUCUCCACCAGCCCCCGCCAGUGAAUCCACCGCACCAACCGCUGAUAGCACUGUAUCUGAAGGACCAGCAGCAGCAAGUGCACCUACUCCUGACGCUUCUGAGACAAGCGGCGCAACCACUUUGAAGGUUUAUUCCGCUGUUUGCGCUGCCACAGUGGCCGGCUUCUUCUUCUUCUAA